UGACCACCAGCGAUUACGCAUAACUCAAAUGAGUUUCGAAACAUUGUGGUCCAGAUAGCUAAAAGUGAGAGAUGUGGCUUGCUAAGAAUUAUAAAAAUCCAGUAAAGCUUUCAUCUUUGCUGAUUAUUGCGAAGAAUCAAGGAUAACCCGUUGCAAUUGAAUUUACGAGAGAUCACUAGCACAAAUGGAUGCUCCAGGUGCACAACAACAUUCUGGUGGCAACGAAAAUGAUAACCAAAACCAUCCCCAAGUAAAAAAAAAUUUAUCAGGCCUGAAACAUGCACUGCAUGGGACAUCGUAUCAAUUGAAGCUGGGUAUCGUUGUUACCCUGGCGAAUGCCAAGAAGUCAAAGUGCCCAGCUAAUAACUUCACCUUCACGGUUACGGCCGAGGGACGAGACGAAUCGAAAACGCAAAAUCGAAAGGAAAAUUUUACACUCGAUAAGUUCGAUGACAUCAUAUAUGAUUUCACACAUGGUUCAAUUACCGGAAAUCUGAAGAUUCAAGCGAAACACAAACAGGAAUCGUCCAACCUCAAGAUUACACUGAAUGACCUCAUCGCGGUAUACAAAAAUGAUUUUUGUAUCGAACAAUACUACAAAUCAUUCUGUGAUCAACCACAAGCGAAGACCAAAAAUGACGUGAAAGGAUUCAUCAUUUGCACCAACGCAGAUUUAGAUGACGACGCAAAAGUAUUGUGGAAACCAGUAGAUGCUGCUGUCCUGGGUAAUUCAACGACAUCAUUGGAUCCUUACAUUUCAUCGUUAUUCAAUGAGACCAGAGGUAAAUGCUAUCAACUCAAAACUCAUUAUAAACAUGCUGCGUUUGCCCGGUUGUUGAUCAAUGCCAUGAAAUCAGAUAAGCAGCAUGUAUUCAUAUCCUGGAAAACACCCCUUUUCAAAGAGUAUCGUAAAUUCAUCAUGAAAAUAAUCGUUAAAAAAGACAAUGGUGUUUGGAAGUUUAAAGAUAGUUUUUUUUAUUCAUCCAACAACAUCUCAGAUCCAGGAUAUACCACAUUUAGAAAUGAGUUUGAAGAUCAAUACCGAUCAAUCAAUAUCAAAAAAAUUCCAACCGGUUAUAGUGUAUGGAAGUAUUUAGAAAAAAACAAUGAGAUACAUGUUUCGGAAGACUGUCUGUUCGACCAAAAUAGUGAAAAAAGCACUAUGUUAGCCUGGUUGUUGGUCAAAGCCAUCACAUCGAAGGAGGAAAAGGUAUCUUGGCAAAACCCUCUUUUCAAAGAGUAUCGUGCGGCCAUCGUGGAUGUAAUCGAUAAGAAUAACUAUACAACAGAGGAUGAUUAUCUUUUAUGCAAGUUCAAUGACAAGUUUCUAGAUGGUACAUCCAACGAUUCAAUUUUAAACUAUAACACAUUUAGAAUGGAUUUUGAAGAUCAAUACCGAAAAGCAUUUAAUUUUGAUGGAACUGUUUGGGAGGAUUUGAAAAACAGAAAUCAGAUAUAUGUUGCCGAAAGCUUUCUGAACGAUAAAAAGAAGCAAAACAUUACAUCAUCAACCAAAAUAGUAGAAUUUCCAAAAAAUAUUACAGAAUUCGUUGAUGAUAAAAUGGAUGAAUCCUUGAAUGAAAUCUUUUGCGAUCGAUUUCGUUUGGUGUGUGGCACCUAUAACCAGGAAGAGCUAGAAAUCGCAAUAGCAAAAAAAUGGAAAAUGUUGCAUGCUGGUGAUGGUCACAUGAUUACUGGAUGUCUUGAUGCGGAAUUGGCUUCCAAAUGGCUAUUCAAAACGAAUUUUGAUUGGUUGAUGAAUCCUUUCGCAAAGCCAUUGCAUUCAGAGGAUAUAAUAAAAGAUUUCGAUAAUAUUAAUGCCACACUAGCUCAUAUGAAGUUAGAACCUAUUUCUGAUAAACUCCGCAAGAAUGUUUGGGGCUCACCAUUUCGCAUUAGUGAAGAUAUUUUCAAAGAAUCUAAAUUGUAUAAGCAAGUUGAAACUGAAAGCCUUUUGCAAAUUGAGACAUUCGAUAUCCAAUUUGGAGUCACGCUACUAUCAGACAUAUUGGAAUCGCAGGGUCAUACUAUCAAACUGUUUCUCAAGUAUUCGGAUUUCAUCCACAAGUCGGACACUGUAGAAGCAGUGUUCCGUGGCAAGACCCACUAUUGUUUGGUCAUUAUCUGCCGCGAAUACGAAGCGUUUAAAAAGGUUCUGGGUAUCGUUCGGAAAUGGUUUUCCAUUCCAUAUCCUAAUCAUAAAGAAGAUAUCCCAAAGAAUCCUGCAAAACAUGUCUUUCUGAUCAGGAAAACAAGUGACAUCCCAUCCGAUCUUAGUUGCUUUCGCCUUAGUGACUUGAAAAAAGAAUCAAGGGAUCAAUUUUGUAAGAAGAGCAUUUCUUUAUGCGGAACGGUCAUUUCUCCGUGUAAAAUAUUCCAGAGUAGUUUCACAGACCUUCAAAUCGAAGAAAUUAUAAAACUGUUGGACUGGGGGAAACAGAUGAAUAAAAACAACCAAAUUUUGAAGAAUUUUGAGAAAAUCAAAGACAUUUACGUUCAUCGACGCAUGACUCUAUGCUCUUAUGGUAAAAAGAAUGGCGAAUAUCACUCGACUCGAACAGAUACUCCAAAGGUAACAGAUAUUCAAAAGGCCAAAAGUAAUCUAUCAGGGCUAAAGUAUGCGCUCUAUGCAUUAGCGUAUCGAUUAAAGCUUGGAAUAGUUGUUUCCCUGGCAAAUGCUAAAAAGUCUUUGGACCCAGCCAACGACUUCAGUUUCGAGGUCGCGGUAGAGGAUCCUUCAGCCGGAAAAUUCGAUGACAUCGUGUAUACUUUCAAGGAUGGUGGAAAGGCAGGAAUACUAAAGAUACAAGUCAAAUACAAGUUGGGAUCGCCUGCUCCCAAAAUUACGGUGAAGGAUUUCACUACCAAUAGCGAUACGAAGAAUCCGUUUGCUAUUCUGAAGUAUUUCACUUCAUUCUGUGAUCAACAACAAUCGACAACUGAUCUGGAAGGGUUUGUCAUUUGCACCAACGCAGAUAUCAACGACCAGGCAAAGAACAUCUGGAAAAUAGUAGAACCAGCUAUCACGAACGAUUCGGCGCCAUCUCUCGAUUCCUAUGUCUCAUCAUUAUUCGAUAGUAUUGGAGCUCAAUACUAUCAACUGAAAUACUAUAAACUAUGGGCUGCCGAUGGAACGUAUAGCAAUUUAUAUCAACUAUUACGAAAAUGUUCUAAGCGAGCUAGGCUAGCCAAGUUACUGAUCGAAGCUAUCAAAUCCAACAAGAAGAUAACAUCCGAAAUUGCCCUCUUUAAAGAGUAUCGUCAAGCUAUUUUGCAAACUCAUCCUACUACAACUCAAUGCCAGGAUAUGAAGCAUUUAGACAAGAGUUCGAAGAUCAAUACCGAGAAGAAUUCAAGAUUGAUGGAUGUGUAUGGGAUGACUUGA